AGAGCCGAAGAUGUCGGCUCGGUCAUGUGAUCAGCUGUGUCCAAUCACAGCUGAUCACAUGGCACUGAUGAUCAGUGUGGCCCCAGAAAUGCCACCUGUCAGUGUCCAUCAGUACCAGCAGUCAGUCAGUGCUCAUCAGUGCCAGUGCCCAUCAGUGCCACAUCAAUGCCACAUAUCAGUGCCUACCAGUGCACAUAAAUGCCACAUCAGUGCCCAUCUGAGCUGCCUUUCAGUGUCACCCAUCAGUGCCAGUCAGUGCCACCUAUCAAUGCCAAUCAGUGCCACCUAUCAGUGCUGCCAAUCAGUGCCGCCUAUCAGUGCCAGUCAGUGCCACCUAACAGUGCCAGUCAGUGACGCCUAUCAGUGCCAGUCAGUGCGCCUAUCAGUGCCAGUCGCCUAUCAG